UAUAGAGAGAGAGGUUGGUUCAUCUUGUUUCCAUUUUGGUGUGUGAAUGAUGGAUAUGAUAGCAGAUGCAGUUGUGGGCGCUGUGUUUCAGGAAUUGCUGAGAACUGUUUUGGACAUAACAAGCAAAGCCAUCACGUUCAAGCAAAGCAUGGGCAACCUCCAAUCCACUCUAGAGGCAAUAGCUCCACUGAUCAGAGAGAUAGAACAACACAACAACGAGUUGGGGCGUCCAAAGGAGGAACUGGAAUCGCUGCUAAGGAAAAUGGAAGAGGGCACGAAGCUUGUAUGCAAGUGUUCAACGGUUGGAAGGCUAGAUUAUGUGGGAAGGGUUCGUUACCAGAAUCAGAUAGAAGAGCUUUCGAACUGGCUCAUGAGGUUUUUCGUCAUUGACCUGCAAGCUCAGAUGGCGAGAGAUCUUAAGGAGACCUUGCGUAGGGUUUCAGGAGCUGCUGCGUCUUCUCUUCAUGAAUCUCAUGUCAAUAGCUCAACAAAAGCCCAGUCAUUAGUGAAUGAUUCUGCUGAGCAAACUCAAGGCAUGGAUUCAAGCUUCAGACAAGCUUCAACAAUAAGUCCAACGACCACUAUCGUUGGGUCCAAGUAUUGUAGUCCAUUUCCAAUCAUACUGGAGAUUGUUAGAACGGUGAAGAAAUUGGGCUUUCCCGAUAAAUUUUGUGUCAAAAACAUGCACAACAACAUCAUUUUCAACCUUGAAAAGCCUUCAUUCUCGAUCCAUGGACGAUAUAUCUUAUUUGAUGAGGACAAGAACCCUAUCGUCACACUGCAAAGCAAGAGAAUGACAGCACAUAAUCGUUGGGAAGUUUUUAGGGGUAACAGUCACCAAACAAAGGAUUUGCUCUUCAAUGUAAAGCAACACCACAUAAUCCAGCUAAAGGCCAAAUUGGACGUGUUCCUGGCUACAAAUACUGAAGAGAAUGUUUGUGACUUUAUGGUACAAGGAAGUUGGUCUGGUGGAUCAUAUAGUGUUCAUGACGAUCAGUCCCACGACAUUAUAGCCCAGAUUGCUAAAUACGUUGCUCCUCGAAGAUUUGGGUUUUCUAAAGAGAGUGCCGUGGUGAGAGUGAAAGCCAAUGUUGAUUAUGGAUUCAUUGUGGUACUGAUUAUUGUGAUUCUUAUCCUAACCUAAAGGCAAGCAUGGAGUUAACGUAGAAUUUGAUUUUGUGUCAAUAAUGCAUUGGGUUAUCAAAGGUUCUUUUAUACAAGCUCACUUGUAACAAUGUUUUACGAUCAAUUAGACGGUUAAUUCAAUUGGUUUAUCAAAGGUUCUUUUAUACAGGUUAUAUGUUUUUAUUGUAAUAACA